AUGCCUUCUCGUCUUCCAAAGAUCGACAUCUUCAUCGAUCGCGGUGGUACCUUCACGGACUGCAUUGGUAUCCCUGAACGAGAGAGCGGCGACGAGAUCGUCGUCAAGCUUCUGUCGGUUGACCCGUCAAAUUAUGAAGAUGCUCCGACUGAAGGCAUUCGGCGGAUCCUUGAGAUCUUCACAGGGACGCCAAUUCCCCGGAAGGGGAGACUUGAUACCUCUCGGAUUGGAAUAAUCCGCAUGGGAACGACCGUUGCUACAAACGCCCUACUUGAGAGAAAAGGCGAACCUUCCGCACUCUUGAUUACACAAGGAUUCAAGGAUCUUCUUGCAAUUGGCUACCAGGCAAGACCGAAGUUAUUCGACCUUGCCAUUUCUAAACCGGAUGUUCUUUACUCCGAGGUGGUGGAAGUCGAGGAACGUGUCACGAUGGAAGAUUCAACUAAGGACCCGUUGCCAGCGGGUUCCUUUGACGUAGCUUCAGAUCCUGCUCUGAGAGUAGGCAAAAGUGGAGAUGUGGUCCGCAUACUCACGCCCCUCAAUGUUGAGAAGACUGCGCAGUCGCUGAAGGAGCUCUAUGCCAAAGGUUACCGUAGCAUUUGCAUCUGCCUUGCGCACAGUUACAGUUUCCCAGACCACGAAGAAGCUGUCAGAGACCUUGCCGCAAAGGAAGGCUUCACAAGUAUAUCUGUGUCAUCGACACUGAUUCCCAUGAUCAAACUCGUGUCACGUGGUAUGAGCGCCACCGCCGAUGCCUACCUCACUCCAGAGAUCAAGAAGUACAUCCAGGGCUUCAGAAAAGGAUUUGCAGACGACUUGCAGAAGACAAGAUGCGAGCUCAUGCAGAGUGAUGGCGGUCUAAGCAGCAUUGAUCGGUUCUCUGGACUGCGGGCAAUCCUGUCUGGACCGGCUGGGGGGGUUGUCGGCUAUGCCAGAACUAGUUAUCACGACGAUGAUGGUGUCCCGGUGAUUGGAUUUGACAUGGGCGGAACAUCAACAGACGUCAGUCGCUACGGUGGCGCUUUCGAACAUGUGUUUGAAACCACCACUGCUGGCGUCACUAUUCAAUCUCCUCAGCUAGACAUCAAUACCGUUGCUGCAGGCGGUGGUAGCAUCCUUGCUUUCAAAAAUGGCCUGUUCGCCGUGGGACCCGAAAGCGCAGGCGCUCAUCCCGGCCCUGCAUGCUACCGAAAAGGGGGCCCAUUGACAGUAACAGAUGCUAACCUCUUCCUCCAUCGACUUCUACCCGAAUACUUCCCUUCGAUCUUCGGUCCCACUGAAGAUCUUCCCCUGGACUAUGAGGUUACUAAAAAGAAAUUCAUUGCCCUAACACAACAAAUCAAUGACGAGACCGGAGGUAACAUGACUCCUGAAGAAGUGGCUCUCGGGUUCCUGGGCGUGGCAAAUGAGGCCAUGUGCCGUCCUAUUAGGGCCUUGACUGAAGCAAAGGGAUUUGAUGUUUCCGCUCAUAGACUGGCGGUGUUUGGGGGAGCAGGUGGACAGCACGCAUGCUCAAUUGCUGACAAACUAGGUAUCCAUACUGUUGUCAUGCAUAGAUACUCUAGUAUUCUAUCGGCAUAUGGUAUGGCAUUAGCCAGUUUAGUUCAAGAAGUCCAGGAGCCAGCAUCACUCAUCCUAUGUCCGGAAACAACGAGUGAAGUAUCAGCCAGGUUUCAGAAACUUCAAAGCCGAGCUGCGGAAGAGCUUUUCAACCAAGGUGUUUCCCGGGAUCAAGACAUUGAGAUGCAACUCUUCCUCAAUCUCCGUUAUGACGGAAGCGACACACAGAUGAUGAUUCGCCAGCCAGAGGACGGCGAUUUCAAGACUGCUUUUGAAACCAAACACAAACGAGAAUUCACAUUCCUCUUUCCCAACAAGAAUAUUCAUAUCGACGACAUUCGAGUGCGUGCCGUGGCUAGGGAAAAUGAGCGACAGAUGGGAAACAUUUUUGAGGACUUGGCAAAUCAGCAAGAGGUUCCUCUACAAAGCUCCAACGAGCUCGUGAAGACAUAUUUCAGUGAUGGUGGAUGGCGGGAUACCCAAGUUUUCAAGCUGUCAGACCUUACACCUGGAAACCAUGUUCGUGGCCCGGCAAUAAUCAUCGACAAGACUCAGACUAUUGUUGUUACACCGACAUCAUCAGCAAGAGUGCUUGAGCACCACGUCAUCCUCCAAGUAGGGGUGGAGAGGAGCCUGAAGACUGCCCUCACGACAACCCCUACCAUACCGGAUCCAAUUCAGCUUUCUAUCUUCAGCCAUCGGUUUAUGUCAAUUGCUGAGCAGAUGGGAAACACGCUACAGAAGACGGCAGUGAGUAUUAAUAUCAAGGAAAGACUUGACUUUUCUUGUGCUAUCUUUGGCCCGGAUGGUGGUUUAGUAGCCAAUGCACCUCACAUCCCUGUUCACCUUGGAAGCAUGCAGUACGCGGUCAAGUAUCAGCAUGACAAGCAUGGGGCGACACUCAAACCGGGUGAUGUUCUUGUGUCCAAUCAUCCUAUUGCUGGUGGUACCCAUCUUCCCGAUAUCACAGUGAUCACUCCCGUCUUCAGUCCGAAGGGGGAAAUCAUAUUCUACACAGCAUCAAGGGGACAUCAUCGAGACAUUGGUGGCUUCGGCGGCAUUUCUGGAAACGCAAACGCGACUGAAAUUUGGCAAGAGGGCGCAUCUAUCAUUUCCUUCAAGCUCGUAUCCAACGGAGUAAUGGAUGAGGAGGGCAUCACCAAGAUCUUAGUCGAGGAGCCGGCACAAUACCCUGACUGCGUAGGCAGCAUGAACAUCAAAGAUAAUCUUUCAGAUCUGAAAGCACAAGUAGCUGCUAACGCCAAAGGUGCCCUGCUUAUCGAGGAUCUGUUCGAGUAUUAUGGACAGGAGGUUGUACAGUACUAUAUGCAUGCUAUCCGGAAAACGGCUGAGAUGGCCGUUCGCAACUUCCUGAAGCAGACAGCCAAAUCGGCACCGGGAAGGACUCUCAAAGCAGUGGAUUACUUGGACAACGGAACCCCUAUUCAAGUUGAGAUCAGCAUUCACGAAGAUGGCAGUGCAGACUUUGACUUUACUGGCACCGGUCCAGAAAAUUUGACGAACCUCAACGCCCCCAAGAGCGUCUGCCUCUCGGCCAUCAUCUACUGUCUUCGCUGCCUCAUCAAUGACGAUAUCCCUCUCAACCAAGGUUGUCUAGCCUCAAUUCGCGUUAUCAAUCCGGAAGGUACUAUACUAAACCCCUCAACCGAUGCCGCCGUCUACGCAGGCAACACCCAGACCAGCCAACGUGUUGUCGACGUGAUUCUGCGUGCUUUCGGGGCCUGCGCCGCAAGUCAAGGGUGCAUGAACAGUAUGAGCUUCUUUGGCGGCCGUGAUGCCACACCCGGGAAGGGCUACAGCUUUGCCUAUGGCGAAACAGUCUGCGGCGGUGCGGGUGCAGGGCCGACCUGGGACGGUGCCAGCGCGGUCCAUUCCCACAUGACCAACACUCGCAUUUCGGACCUCGAGAUCCUCGAGAAGCGCUAUCCCAUCAUCUUGCGCGAGUUCACGCUGCGCCAGGGAUCAGGCGGGCGUGGUCUGCACCCCGGAGGGCUGGGGGUAACCCGUGUGGUGGAAGCCAGAGAGCCCAUGACCUUCUCCAUGAUCUCGGAGCGCAGAGUGACGAGGCCAUAUGGGCUCAAUGGUGGCUUUGAUGGCCAAGUUGGUCAAAAUCUCGUCAGACGGGCUGGCGCGGAGGGGAAGGGUGGACGAGUGCUCAGUUUGGGGCCCAGGGGAGUGGUUAAGAUGCAGAAAGGUGAUCAGUUUAUUGUUCACACACCAGGUGGAGGGGGUUGGGGCACGCCUGUCUAG